UCUCUGGAUGUGGAAGAGGAAUGGGGCAGGUAGCGACUAUACCCCUGAGGAGGGGCGCGUACGUCCUGGAAUUACACGAAUGGUUUAGAACUUUUGUGCAGGAAUUUCCCAGUGGAGUAAUCACCCUUCAUGAAUUUCAGAAGUAUUUCUGUGACUGUACGGUCGGUACAGAAUCCUCUGAAUAUGCAGAGAAAAUAUUUCGGAACCUGGAUAAAAAUGGGGACGGGAUUGUGGAUUUUCGGGAAUACGUCACAGCAAUCAGUAUGUUGGUGCAGGGGUCUCCCGAGGAAAAGCUUCGUUGGUCAUUUAACCUGUAUGACAAGGACAGAGAUGGAUCAAUUACUCGCUGUGAAAUGUUGGAAAUAAUGAAGGCCGUUUAUAAAAUGAGUUUUUCGACGUCUCUGGCCACAUCCAACCCUCCGACGGCAGAGGAAUGUACAAACCGGAUCUUCAUUCGGCUGGACAAGGACCAUGACGCUCUGAUCAGUCUGCAGGAAUUCAUAGACGGAUCACUGGAUGAUGACUGCAUACGAGACAUGCUGGAAUGUGAUCUGAGGACCCUCCAUGUCCAGAGACCCCACAAAUACAUCCACCUGCACCCCAACUCCUCCAGGGACAACUUGUUCCUCAAUGAGCUCAGUCAAGAUCAUCAAUAGGGACAAAAUAUCCAAAAAAAAAAUGAACCAAAAAAUUGUAUUUCUAAUUCAGACCAAUUGUAAAGUUUAAAUAAAAGAUUAAUUUUUGUAUUAUUUAUGUCAAUGACUUGGCCUUUAUCAGUUUUUACUCCAACACCGAAUCACUUUCUCUGCCAGAGGAAUAACUCAAUAUUAGAAUGUAUAAAAAAAUGUCCAUCACAUGAUCAGGCAAUAAAAUGAAUGGCAUCAACCAGAGAAAGGAUCCAAGAACUGGAGACACAAGGUGAGUCCACUUGUUUUAGGAACAUCUUGGAGACACAAAGUGUGUGGGGUCCUAAAUGUACAGGAGGGGCUUAGUUUGUACAAGAACCAAAAAAUAUCCAAUAAACGAUGAACCAUCACCUUUAUGAUUGAAGAGAAGUCUGACGAUAUCUACAAGGGCUGAGAUAUGGCUGAUCCAUGGAACAUUAUGGUUGGACUCAAUGUUGGUUGGACUCAAUGUUGGUUGGACUCAAUGUUGG